CAUAUCGGUUGAUAUUUGGAAAGAGAGGAAAAUGGAUGGCUAUCAACUGUCAAGCUGUAUUGGAUUUAUCAUGGGAUUGGUGGUGAUGGUCUAUCUUCACAACACUUUCCGUAUCAUUUUCACAUAUACAAGAACAUCUUGUAAUAUGCGCGUGGCUCGUAUUCAAAAAAUUGUUCUCAAUAUUGUCGGGCUUGUUACGGUGCUCUUCGCCUUUGCGUUGACAAUGUUUCCGAAAGACAAAGUAUCUAAUGACUCGUGUAAGGCAUUGAUAUAUCUACACGCAUUGGGAGAUUUUAUGUUUGACGGAGCUUUGGCCGUGUUUAUUCUGUGGCGAGUGAGGGAAGUAGAAAGAAGUAUUAGAGAUCUGUCAAUCGGAUUGGGAUUGAUAUCUUUGAGGUCGAUUCUUAACAUCGUCUACAUUAGCCUUUUGUGGCCGACGGUUCUUUAUGACCCAUCAUCCUCUUCAUCUAUUUGUUUACCCGAAUCUGGAAAUCGACCAUUAGUAAAUCUUGCGGUCAAUUGCCAGGAGAAAGGGGAUGAAUUGGAAAAUGGUGGUAAAAAGGAGAAAAACAGCAUAUCAUUAUCCUGGAACCUGGUUCGAGUAAUAGUGGCGCUCUUUUGGAUUGCAGUCAAUAUAUGGAACAUAGGCCACGACAGUACUGAGAAUAACAAGAAUAAAAUAGCAUCCGCCUCGCUUAUGGCAAUUGCGCAAAUAAGCGUAUCAUAUGCAAUAACUAUUUGCAUAUCUAUUCCUCCUCUUCAUCCCAUAUCCCUCGAUUCUUUCUUCUCAUAUCAACAAUCCACUUCCAAGACCAAACGAUGCUCCACUCCUCCACCGCCGCAAGAGUCAAUAAUAACGCCGCUUCCAUAUAAUCAGUCAGUCGGAAUGUCUACGGAGUAUCCACGAUCAACAGUCAUCGAACAGAUCGACGUCGAUAAACUUGCAGUCGUGUCUAUGAAGCACUUAUCGUUUGGAGAAAUCAUUAAUGACAUGUUAUCGUGGCGGAGCAAGGGUAAAAAAAAAGAUAUGCUUGAAAGUGCAGACAAAGAUAAGGAUACAACGUCAAGUCAGACGGCGACCACAGAUUACGACAGUGAUUCUAAUGGCGCAGAAACUAGCACAAGUGGAGAAAAAUCAGGCAUUUAUGUUACUACCACAACAUUAACAUUGAAUGCGCGUGCGUCCCAAAUGUCGAGGUUGGAGAAGACGUUCAAAGUAACCGAUUGA